AUGGGGAGCUUGCAGCAACAGCAACAGCAAGUCAGUGGUGGAUAUAACAGCCACCAGGUUGUAGCUGUGCCGGAGACACCACCAGCCGGCGGACAACACGAUCACCGGAUGCAUGAGCAAAAGAAGCCUGGAUGGAGAAAUUUUUUGUCGUAUGUUGGCCCGGGUUUCUUGGUCUCAUUGGCAUAUCUUGAUCCCGGAAAUUUGGAAACUGAUUUGCAGGCUGGUGCAAACCAUGGAUAUGAACUACUAUGGGUGAUACUUAUCGGAUUAAUCUUCGCUCUAGUGAUCCAAUCUCUUGCAGCUAAUCUUGGUGUAAGCACCGGUAAACACCUCUCAGAACUGUGCAAGGUCGAGUACCCACGAUACGUUCGAUACUGCCUAUGGAUACUAGCUGAGAUUGCCGUCAUUGCAGCUGACAUUCCUGAAGUGAUUGGGACGGCAUUUGCACUUAACAUACUAUUCCACAUCCCGGUUUGGGUUGGAGUUCUUUGCACUGGUUUGAGUACUCUCCUACUACUUGGCCUCCAGAGAUAUGGGGUUAGAAAACUUGAAUUGUUGAUAGCAAUAUUGGUAUUCAUCAUGGCUGCAUGUUUUUUUGGUGAAUUGAGUUAUGUGAAGCCUCCUGCAAAGGAUGUAAUGAAAGGAAUGUUCAUUCCUAAGCUCAGUGGCAAUGGUGCAACUGGUGAUGCCAUUGCACUAUUGGGCGCCCUCGUCAUGCCGCAUAAUCUUUUCUUGCAUUCAGCUCUUGUACUCUCUAGGAAAAUACCAAAUUCGGUUCGAGGCAUCAAUGAUGCAUGUCGGUUUUUCUUGAUUGAGAGCGGAUUUGCAUUAUUUGUAGCAUUCUUGAUCAAUGUUGCAGUUAUUUCUGUAUCUGGCACGGUUUGUCUGGCCAAUGAUUUGUCCAACGAUAAUACAGAACGUUGCAAUGAUCUAACACUCAACUCUGCUUCUUUCCUGCUGAAGAAUGUUCUGGGAAGAUCGAGUUCUACUGUUUAUGCUAUUGCGUUACUAGCCUCAGGCCAAAGCUCUACCAUUACUGGCACAUAUGCAGGACAAUAUAUCAUGCAGGGUUUCUUGGAUAUGAAGAUGAAGACAUGGCUUCGAAACUUCAUGACUAGGUGCAUCGCUAUCACGCCUAGUCUAAUAGUCUCGAUUAUUGGUGGAUCAUCGGGAGCAGGUCGACUGAUCAUCAUUGCAUCGAUGAUACUUUCUUUUGAACUUCCAUUUGCUCUCAUCCCUCUUCUUAAAUUCAGCAGCAGUUCCACCAAAAUGGGACCACACAAGAACUCAAUAUAUAUUGUGGUGUUCUCAUGGAUAUUGGGGCUGGGAAUCAUAUGCAUCAAUAUAUACUAUUUGAGCACAGCCUUUGUGGACUGGUUAAUCCACAAUAAUUUACCAAAAGUUGGGAAUGUCUUCAUUGGAAUCAUAGUUUUUCCUUUGAUGGCUGUAUAUAUAAUGUCAGUAAUCUAUCUUAUGUUUCGCAAAGACACGGUUGUGACAUUCAUCGAACCCACAAACUUCGAUUCAAUUGCUCAAAUGCAAAUGGAAAAGGGGAACAACAACGUAGAUGGUGAAAACGAGUUGCAACCUGUUCCAUAUAGAGAGGAUCUUGCUGAUAUUCCAUUGCCUGAAUAG